AUGAAUCUUCUAUUUCUUAUGCAGAGAAGGAUUGCUACACAAUUUGAAGGUCAGUGUACUUUAGUAACUGCUUCUGGUUCUGUGGCUAAAGCAAAGGACUUUACAAGGGAGGUAGAAGCUUUAUUGGGUCUCAAACAUAGGAACUUGGUGAAAUUGCUUGGUUAUUGUUUUGAAGGAUAUUACAGGAUAAUCGUGGACGAGUACAUAGACAAUGGCAAUCUAGGGCAGUGGCUUCAUGAUUGCAUCAGUGAAGUUAGCCCCUUAACAUGGAAUAUACGGAUGAACAUUGUCCUAGGAAUUGCAAAAGGCUUGGCUUACCUUCACGAGGAUACUGAACAAGCAAUAAUUCAUCAACACCUAAAGUCAAGUAGCAUAUUGCUUGAUAAGCAAUGGAAUCCAAAGAUAUCUGAUUUUGGUAUCACUAAACUCUUAGGUUCUGAUGAAUGGAGUUUCCUCAGGGGACAUGUUAUCAAGAAACAGACAUCCCGUCGCAGUUCUGUGAACGUUGAGCAGCUUCUGUCAAAUAGCUAG